AUGUCGGACACGAAGGCAGAGGCUGAUGUCCAGCCUCGCGACAGCGAGUCGCAGGAGAGCCCCAUAGUGUCGGAGAAGAAGGGAACAUAUGACGAUCAGAAGGACAUGCAUCGGAUGGGUAAGACCCAGGAGCUUCGAAGGAACUUCCGAUUUGUGUCCAUCUUUGGGUAUUCCAUGAUCUUAAUGGCAUCGUGGGAGACAGUUUUGACCACCCUAGCCGUGCCAUUCACGAAUGGCGGUACCGGUGGUGCGAUAUUUGUUUAUCUCGGCACAGCAAUCGGCAUGGGCUUCGUUAUAGUGUCAAUGGCUGAGAUGGCCUCCAUGGCACCGACUUCAGGUGGCCAGUACCACUGGGUCUCCGAAUUUGCGCCUAAGAAGCAUCAAAGGUUUCUUAGCUACCUAGUUGGAUGGCUUUGUGUACUAGGCUGGCAAACAGGUAUUGCCUCUAUCGCUUUCUUGGCAGGCGCACAAAUACAAGGCCUCAUCGUCCUCAACAACGACUCCUAUGUGCCUCAACGAUGGCACGGCACUCUCCUCGUCAUCGCAGUUGCCAGCUUUGCUAUCAUCUUCAACACAUUACUCGCUCGCAAACUACCCCUCAUUGAAGGCACCGUCCUCGUCCUCCAUAUCUUUGGCUUUUUCGCCGUAUUCAUUACGAUGUGGGUCCUUGGUGCCCGAAGCAAGACCAGCGAGGUUUUCGGCUCCUUCCAAGACAACGGCGGGUGGGGAAGCGUGGGCCUUUCCUGUUUGAUAGGCCAACUGGGUCCUGCUUUUGCUCUGCUCGGAUCAGACGCAGCGACACAUAUGAGCGAGGAGCUAAGAGACGCGGCACAUACCCUACCGAGGGCCAUGAUCUGGACCGCUAUCGUGAAUAGCAUAUUGGGUUUCCUCAUGCUGAUUACUUUCUGCUUUUUUGUUGGCGACAUCGGAAGCGUCCUUACUACUACGACAGGCCAGCCGCAUAUUCAGAUCAUGUUCAACGCUACACAGUCCACUGCCGGGGCCACGGCGCUCGCUUGUAUCACGAUCACCAUGGCCAUUUUUGGAUGUGUCAACAACGUUGCGACCUGCUCCCGCCAGCUGUUUGCUUUCGCACGCGAUCAUGGCGUUCCUUUUGGUGCUUUCCUAUCCCGCGUCCAGCCCGGUUGGGACAUUCCGCUCAACUCGGUUAUUGUAUCUUUCGCGGUAUCGGUCAUAUUGUCCAUGAUCAACCUCGGCAGCACCGUGGCUUUCAACUCGAUCGCAUCUCUCGGUACAUGCGCGCUGAUCUCUUCUUACAUCAUAUCAAUUUCCUGCAUUUUCCUCAAGCGCUGGCGGCACGAGCCACUCCUCCCAUCGCGCUUCAACCUCGGCAGGGCCGGCAUCUAUGUCAACGGCAUAGCAGUCGCUUACCUCUGCAUAGCGUUCGUAUUCGCUUUCUUCCCACCGACCCCGCUGCCGACGCCCGACCUGAUGAACUGGAACAUCUUGAUUUAUGGCAUUGUAGUAAUCUUUUCACUGGCCUACUUUUUUGUGAAGGGACGAAAGAUAUACGUUGGGCCCGUGGAGUACAUCAACAGGAACGUAUUGUGA